AUGGAGCUCGCCAUUGCACCGCCAUCGAAGGUUGCUGCAGGUGUAUCACUUCAUCUGCCCGUCGUUGUGACCUUCACCACCGCUGCAGCAUUAGAGGAGGGCACACUUGAACAUGAAUCAUAUGCGCUGCCAGACUUGAGUGGCGUCUGGGCAUUCGUGUCCCUGACCACGCCCGAUAUGCAACAAAGUCUGGCUCCGCCCCGAACCGAUCUCUUGCGAGGCAGGACAGCUGAUUCCAUCCACCCGGUCCAUCAGGAUCAAGAAGGGGACCGCCCCACGCUGGCCUAUGCGACCUUUCGGGAGCUUAUGAUCACUCAACCAGGCCGAUACCGCAUCAAAAUCAACAUCAUCGAUAUGAACACCCUCUUUGCGGACAAUUCGCCUCAGGCCGCCGCCACGGUCCUGCCAUCUAUUCAUUCCCCGGUCUUCGAUGUGGUUGAAGAACAAGACCAUGCAAUCUGCGGUAAGCAAAGUUUUGCCCUCCACCAAGGUCGUCGCUAA